UACAAUAUAUAAAUAUACAUAUUAUUAUAACCCGCAAAAAGUUAUAGUGAAAAUGGCAAAUUUAAGCAAACGAGUCAGCUUGUCGGAUUUUGCAGCCACCAAACCUGAGACCUCUGUAAGAAGCGGAUCUUGGUUCGAUUGGAUAGUGAGAUGGAAUGGAAACAAGGACACCGGAAUACAACAAGAGGAUAACAACACCGGAUCCUCGCUAGAACAUGUCAGCGACGAAAAUGAAGUAGAAACGGAUGAAAGCAGAACCACGGAGACGACCGUGACAUAUCCAGCUUUAGUUGAAAGAGAAAUCAUGUCGCAUCAUCGAAACAACACGAGUCAGCUGUACGAUGAAGUGAAUGGCGAUUUCGAGCAACUGAAAAAGUUUAAGGCUCAAGGUCAGUGCAAUGUCAGUCAAUGGAUGAUAAACGAUGCAUGUUUGGAUCCAAAAUGGAAAGAUGUGUGCACGAGGGCGGACCCAAAGAAACUGGUCAAAGAGACAAUUAACAUUUACUCAGUAACCGAUAGCAGAGCAACACUAGUUGACGACUUCACACCAAUACCAGACCGGAAAACGAAGAACACCGAUUUAGAAAAGGCGGUGAAUGUUAUAACAGAGUUGAAGAAGAAAAAUGAUAUCAUUGCCGAAGAAUUAGCAGUUAUGAAAGAUAGACAUCGUGUAAUUGAGCAGAGAAUAAAAGACGCUGCACAAAAUCAACACGCGAAACGCGACAGGGUGGUUGAACAAGUUUAUGAUACGGACAAAUCUAAUGAGUGGAAUAAAGAAGAUAUGUUUUUAAAAAAAGAAUUGUGGUUGCUGCGAGAAAACUUCUACAUAAUGCAACAGAAAAUAAAAUCAAUGGAUGAGUUGUUUUUAGAUCAAAAUGUCAAGUUAAAAAAUAUUACAGACAAAUUAGAAGUUUUGACAUCAUCAGCGAACAUAAAUUUUGAAUCAGAAGCUAUGUACAAGAAAGCAAACAAUCGGAUAGACAAGGUUGAAAAGAUCGUAGACGUAUUAAAAAUCGAAAAAACAGUAUUUCGUUCAAUUGAACAGAAAUCUGGCUAAGGAAAUCGAUAAUAUACGUAAACGUUCUGUGAACAAAAAGGUUUUCAAAAAAUUCAGAGGUCAAACGAAGAAGAAUUUGGACGACGUCAACAGAUUUUUAAAUUAUUAUAAAAAUAUAAAUAAAAUGGAGACCGAAAUUAAC